UCUCGAUCGAAUUGUAGGCUUUGGAGGGUCAUUUUAGGGUUCUGUAAUACUAAUUUCAACCUAAACUUGGUAAAAGCGGACAAAAAUACCAAGUUUAGGCUGAAAUUAAGGUUUCGCUGUACAGCUUGGGUUAAUCUAAAAAACUAAUUUCAGCCUCCUUACCCUCGAGUAGAAUUUGGAGGCUGAAAUUAGUUUUUUAAUUUUGACUCGGGAAUUGCCUCGCGUUAUUUAUUCUCUGCUACUAAGUACUAUAAAGUGACAACGAUUGGACGACUUUAUGAUAGUCGAGUGCUCUGAUGGCGCUGAUUAUGUAUGGCAAAUGGAAAGUCGACAUCUUGAUCGUGUUUUGCAUAGAAUUAUUGCUGAAGAAGUUUUGUUUGCUUGUAGUGAUAAUUCUAUAAUUACCGGUGAUGCUGCUGCUGGUGGAGAACAUGGUCUCGCUAAUUCUACUGUUCAUGUCUUAAGAGGACUAAGACAUCGUAACUUGUCAGCUAUCCAACAUGCAACUCAACGAGGAUUGCACCAACUGCAACAGCUCCACAGUGGACAUGGUGACCACCAUGAAAGCCAACUGAAAACUAAAGACUAUCCACUAAAUAUCGAGAGAUUCCGAGGAAACGUCAAAGACCACAAAGGCCAUAUUUUGUUCUUCAACGUCGAAGCGCUUCAAAUUUGGCCCUAUUUAAACAGUACAAUUAUUGAGCGACGAGUACGGCUCGAUGUCUCCUGGAUCAUUAGAGGCACAGGGCUUGAUUUCAGCCUCCGAGUACCAAAAAGUUGCGGCCUUCACUCAAUCCUGAUGCUCAUAAAAAAAUUGCAGGUAAACUUACAUACACUCGUGGAGCCAAAAAUUUUAAAUCCAGUCAAACUUUAUACUGAAAAUUAAUAACUAUUCAAGUGUCCUUACUUUAUUAGGGUACCAGUCAUAUAAUUGAUGUAAUUGUCGUCUUUUUUUUGUAUAUUAUUUUAGAUUUUGUCGGCCGUGUCAAGGACAAGGCCGGUGAUGUCGAAAAACUUUUAAAAGAGAAAGAUCGCCAUGGUAUCGAUUUAUGUCGUUGAUAUUUAAUUUUUUUUUUUUGUUAUAGACACUAUUUUU